AUGUCAAUUCUACUAGAUGUUGAUCAACAUAUGCAACCGCCUGCUCCUCCUUCCCGUCCACCAUUGAUCCCUUCUCAGUCCUCCAGGUCUAGGAAAAAGUUCUCUGCAGAAGAACAUCUUAGGCGUCAAUGGUACUUGUCACCUGAAGGAUCAUUUGACCUCAGGUGCUCUAAGAAGAAUUUUGAAGUGGAUAUGCGCCAAAAGUUGUUGAAAGUUAGCCAAAAGUCUGAUGGUACAUGUAGUGUGGAUGCAACCAACUUCAACCAAGAAGUGUCAAGGAAAGAGUUAGCGAACAUGGUCAUUAUGCAUGAGUAUCCUUUGGCUAUAGUGGAUCAUGUAGACUUUAGGAGAUUUGUCAGUAGCCUAAAUCCAAGCUUCAAAAUCAUAUCACGACCAACUUUAAGAGUUGAUAUAAUGAAGAUGUUCACAUGUGAGAAAGCGGGGUUGAAAAAGGUGCUUGAAAAUAGUGAGUCCCAAAUUGCGAUCACAACUGAUAUUGGACUGCUUCAAAUAAGAAGAAAGGUUACAUGGCUAUAA